AUGAUACCCCAAUUACUGCAGCGGUCGUCGAGGGCAUGUCCCCGGCGUCCUCUUGCACUCUAUCGAUUGUCUCCCGUGUCUCAACGACCCGGUCUAACACAGACAUUCUGGACCUCUGCCCCGCGUCGCGAACAGCUUCAAACACCCAAACCCGCGCCCACACAAACGGAUUCAAAAUCCACGACGACAAAACCCUCGGCCGUGUUUCCUGCAAAGAAGCAACCGACAAAACAAAAUGAUCCUCUUGCGACGGUGGAAAAGUCUGCGACGGAGCAGCGCAAGGCCGACUGGGCCAUCAUGAAAGAGAUGACUCGGUAUCUGUGGCCCAAGGAUGACUGGGGCACAAAGCUGCGAGUCGGCCUUGCUGUCUCGCUGUUGAUUGGCGCAAAGGUCCUGAAUGUUCAGGUCCCCUUCUACUUCAAGAGCAUUGUCGAUUCCAUGAACAUUGACAUUGCUGCUGUUGGAGGUACUGCGACAACAGUCGCUGGAGCCAUGAUCCUUGCAUACGGCGCAUCCCGUAUAGGCGCAACCAUAUUCCAGGAAUUACGAAACGCCGUAUUUGCCUCUGUCGCCCAGAAUGCUAUUCGAAGGGUCGCUUGCAACGUUUUUGAUCACUUGCUGCGUCUUGACCUCACCUUUCAUCUUUCCAAGCAGACCGGUGGUUUGACAAGGGCUUUGGACCGCGGUACCAAGGGAAUCAGCUUCAUUCUAUCUAGUAUGGUCUUCCACAUCAUGCCGACUGCGCUUGAGAUUAGCAUGGUUUGCGGAAUUCUCACCUACAACUACGGCGCCAAAUUUGCAGCUCUCACCGUUUUGACAAUGGUUAGUUACACUGCCUUCACUAUCUGGACUACUGCUUGGCGAACCAAAUUCCGACGACAAGCCAAUGCGGCCGACAACAAGGCUUCCACUGUGGCAGUCGACUCACUCAUCAACUACGAGGCCGUCAAGUAUUUCAACAACGAAAAGUUCGAGGUUGCGCGGUACGACAAGGCUCUUCAGCAGUAUGAAAAGAACUCCAUCAAGGUUGCGACAUCUCUGGCUCUUCUAAACAGUGGACAAAACAUCAUCUUCUCUUCGGCACUUACUGGUAUGAUGUAUCUUGCCGCCAAUGGCGUUGCUGAGGGUACCCUGACUGUAGGCGACUUGGUCAUGGUCAACCAGCUCGUUUUCCAGCUUUCAGUCCCUCUCAACUUCCUUGGAUCCGUCUACCGUGAACUUCGACAGUCUCUGCUGGACAUGGAGACCCUCUUCAAUCUUCAGAAGGUCAAUGCCAAUAUCCAGGAGAAGACCGAUGCGAAGCCCCUUGCUCUUUCAAAAGGUGGCGAGAUCAAAUUUGAGAACGUCAACUUUGCUUACCACCCGAACCGCCCUAUCCUGCGUGAUCUAUCAUUGACCAUUCCCGCCGGUAAGAAGGUUGCUGUUGUUGGUCCUAGCGGAUGUGGCAAGUCUACCUUGUUGCGUCUUUUGUUCCGAUCUUAUGACGUCCAGGGUGGACGAAUCUUGAUCGAUGACCAGGAUAUCCGAGAUGUAAACCUUGAGUCCCUUCGACGCUCCAUCGGUGUUGUUCCUCAGGACACUCCUCUAUUCAACGACACAGUCGAACACAACAUCCGCUAUGGUUCUAUCAACGCUACCCACGAUGAGGUCGUUGCUGUUGCCAAGCGAGCCCAUGUACACAACACCAUCCAGUCAUUCCCCGAUGGCUACGACACCAAGGUCGGCGAACGAGGACUCAUGAUUUCCGGUGGCGAGAAGCAACGUCUGGCCGUCAGCCGUAUUUUGCUCAAGGAUCCCCCUCUGCUCUUCUUCGAUGAGGCGACAAGCGCCCUGGAUACCCACACCGAGCAAGCCCUUAUGCUUAAUAUUAACAGCAUUCUAAGGGAGAGGGGACGAACAAGUGUCUUUGUCGCUCAUCGUCUCCGAACCAUUUUCGACUCUGAUCUUAUCAUUGUUCUGAAGGAGGGACAAGUAGCAGAGAUGGGCACCCAUCGGGAGUUGAUCGACCGUGAUGGCGUUUACGCCGAGUUGUGGAGUGCACAAGAGACGAGAUUCCAGGAGGAUGGAGUAGAGAACGAUGAGGGUGAGGAAGAGAAGGGUGACCAGAAGAGGAAAUAA